UGUGACGUAUAAAGAUCAAAAUUAUUCAAGAAUUGUAUUUAGAUUAUUAGUAUCUUGUAUCAUUUAGUAUCAUCUAAUACGAUGUAAAUUAAAGUAUAAAUAAGAUGUGAGAAUUGUCUAUAAAUGUGCAGUGAUUCAAUUCGAAAAGCAAUAUACACGAUUUAAAAUACAGCCGUUCAUAAAAAGAAUAGCAGUUUAGGUUACCAUGGCACAAUCAACAGCUAGUGGAACGUCUUCUCGACGAUAUAUCAGAGAGCACGAUGUUAAUGCAUCUUCAUCACGAUAUGGGGAUAGUGAAUGGGAAACUAAAGAGGCUUUACGACAAAGAGAACUCGAAGAAGCAAGAGCAAGAGCUGCUCAAAUGGAAAAAACAAUGAGAUGGUGGUCAGAUUGUACUGCUAACUGGCGAGAAAAAUGGAGUAAAGUACGUAAUGAAAGAAAUAUGGCAAGAGAAGAAGCAAAAAUGCUUAGAGCAAAAUUGGAAAUAGCAGUGAAAGAUGCUAAUAGUUAUAAACACGAAUGUCAAGAACUUGAGUUACAGAAUGAGCAAUUAAAAAAAGAAAUGGAAAAAAUACAUAUGAUAUUGUUAAAACACGCUGGACAAUUUGAUCAACAAAUUUUUACAGUUUUAGAAUCAGAUCCACAAUUAAGAAAUACAUUAGGUAUAGAUGAAUUAUUGAAGUUCUACAAUAAUGUUGAACAAACUGAAAGUGUAAAUUCUAAAAAAAAUUUACUUACUUGUAAAGUUUCUCUUGAUGAAUCUAAUAUUUGCUUAGGAAGUCAUAAUAUUUUACCAGAUAGAGAUAUUGAAGAAUAUGUGUUACAAGGUGCUGUGCCAAAACAUGCUGUAGAAUUAUAUAAGGAGAGUCCUCUUAAUUCAUUAGACAAAGAUAUUGUGAGAUUAGCAGAUUCUAAUUCUGUAGAAGAUAACACAGAAAACAAUCUGCAGACAUGUACAGAUGAAUCGUAUACACAAAAAAUAAUAUUACUCCAACAUAAAUUGGAUGAAGCUACAAAAACUAUUUCUAUAGAAAGAGAAGAAAAAAAUUCUUUACAUCGCGGUCUGGAAAAAUUAAAAACAGAAAUAAUACAAGUAAGAAAACAGUAUGAAGAAUUAGAGGAAAGUAAAGCCGACGUUACAAGAGAACUGCUUGAAUUAAGAGAUCGUUUUCAACUUGAGCUUAGUGAUGUACAAGCUGGUAUAGUCGAUGAAGCUUCAAGUAGAGAAGGAAUGAAUCGUCGUCUAUGUGAACUUAGAACUGAAUUAGAAAAACUUCAAGCAGAAAAUGCAGCCGAAUGGGGAAAACGAGAACGUUUGGAGACAGAAAAAAUUUCCUUAGAACGUGAAAAUAAGCAACUUCGUAAUGAAUUAAAUGAUUUACAAGAAAGGAUAGAGUCUCGACGAUCACGUCCAGUUUCCACAUCAGAUAGUGAUACAAGACAAUUACAUCAAGAAUUUCUAGUUAGGAAUGUGACAUUAUUGAAAAAAUCUUUAGAAGAAAAAACAACAGAACUUUCACAUGCUAUGAGAAGAUCAGAACAAUAUGAAGCAGAAGUAAAGAGAGUUAGAGCAAGAGUAGAGGAAUUGAAAAAAGAAUUAGCUGCAGUUCAAGAUGAACUAGAUACUGCAACUAAUAGUGUUCGUAAAUUGCAACGAGCAAAUGAAGAUCUUUUAGAACAAUUAGAAUCAGCUAAUGUACAACUGGAACAUUUUCGAAAUAGUACCGAUUCUUAUCCUGUAGACGUGGGAAUAGGAGAAAAUCUCGAAGAAAAAUUAUGUAUAGUCAAUGAUGACAAGUUAACAAAUGAAUAUGAACCACAGCAAGCCUAGUAUUCACUCAUCUUAAUAAUAGUGUUAAAUUAAUUCAAAUUAAUUCGAAUGAUAAAACUUGGAAUGUGGAAAAGAGUUUUUCCUACAUUUUUCAUAAUGUAUACACCAGUCAAUGUAGCAAUAUUUUUCAAUUGUAAAAAUUCUGAUAAAUGUAUAAGUAGUACUAAUUUAUUUA